AAGCGCAAGCGGGAAGUCGAAGCAUAAGCUCUAGGUGCUCGAUCGCUACGAGCUGCAGUCUUGAAUCGUCGGUCGUCGGAAGCGCAACUCGGAACUUUAAGCGAUCCAGUGAUCAAAACAGUGCUCGAAGGAAAUCGAUCGAAUUUCAUCAGUGGAUAGUGUGUUUGUUUUGGAGAAACCUGUUGCACAAGAUUAGCAGAAAAAAAAACAAGUCGAACUAAGUGCAGUGUUGAAGGAAAGGUCGAAAGUUGUUUUGCAGUUUUCGGAAAUGAAGCAGUUGAUCUUGCUGCUCGUAGUGGCAGCGGCGCUGGUCGAUUACAGCCAGGCUCAGGGCAAUCGAAAGUGCGCGGCGAACGGAGAAUAUUGUUUGACCCAUUCCGAAUGCUGCUCGGGCAGCUGUUUGAGUUUUUCCUACAAAUGCGUCCCUGUGCCACCGAGUGCCAGCGUUGGAACCGUAUUCGUUCCAGCCCCCAUUGAGACAGAUAAUCGGUUCGGUGGCGGAGAGGACAGCGGAACCAGCAUCACGCAAAAAACCUGUGCCAAAAAUGGCGAAUAUUGUCUGACCCAUGCCGAGUGUUGCUCCGGAAGCUGUUUGAGCUUUUCCUACAAAUGUGUUCCGACUCAACCGGGAACGUCCAGCGUCCAGCAGCAGCCUCAGCAACCGGUGAGACCGCAAGCGUUCCCCACCACCAUUAGAACAACCACCGUAGAUCUGGGCAACCGAAUUGGCGAAGAGGGCCAAAGUUCGUCGACGACAACGGCAGCGACCACUGCCAGACCGCAGAAAUGUGCCGCCGUAGGAGAAUACUGUCUCACCUCGUCGGAAUGCUGUUCCGGAUCGUGUCUCAGCUACUCGUACAAGUGCGUGACCAACCGUCAGCUGCAAACUUCCGGGGGCUUAUUGCCUCCCCGGCCAACUCCAGUCGUCAUCCUGACAGAUGGAUUUGCCAACCGUUUCGAUGGCUCCAGUGACACUUCCUCGGUCACAUCCCGGCCUGCAAAAUGUGCCGCCGUUGGCGAAUAUUGCCUGACCGCAGCCGAUUGCUGUUCCCGGAGUUGCCUGAGCUUUUCGUACAAGUGCGUCCAGAACUACGACCUGGGCACCCAACAGUUGACGUCAUCGGGAAUUCCAGUGCAGCUGCCUGCCGGCGGGUCCUCCAUCAACACCAUCGACACGGCUAAUCGCUUCGGAGGUGGUGGCUCAGAAAGACAAUGUCUCGCUAAUGGACACGCGUGUUUCUACGGCCAGGAGUGCUGCUCGGGGGCCUGCUUCAGAUCGUUCUGCGCCACCCAAAUCCACCUGGGAAUCCCCGAAUCGGCACUGACUCGACCGUCCGCCGUGAAUGGCCCGUUCGUGCAGGUCAACAGCUUGGACGAGUUGAUAACUCGCUUCGGUGGAGGCAGUGAUGCCAACCAUGCCCGGGAUUCCAGCGCCAGUGCUUCGUUGAAGCGGGCCAAUAUCGGGGCGAGGAGCGGCGUUGAGAAGCAGUGUGCCGUCGUUGGCGAAGGGUGCUCCCGACAGGAAGAUUGCUGCUCCAUGAGAUGUCAUUCGUACAGGCGCAAGUGUGUCACGUAGAGAGAGGAGUUCGAACGCACCAACAAGCCUCACACAAUAGAGAGAGAGAGGUGCUCGUGCGGAUGAGGAGCUGAUCAGUGGAUGCUGGGAGCAGAAAAAAAACUCCCACGAAAAGACAUUGUAAUGUUUUAUUUUAUCGAUGGAGGAAUGUGGUAAAAACGGCGGAUUAGACACAGAAGCACCCAAAGAAAAAAGUUAAUGCAGUUCGGCACCCGGGGUGCGUACAAUUGCGUUUAAGGUAAAGGUAGAACGAAGCCAGAAUCCGGACUUUGAAGAGCACAAAUCAAGAGAAUUCUAGAUUAUGGCUUCUUAUCUUCUUCACCUUUAGCGCAAAUUGUAAGUGCCCCGGCCCAAAUCCGAAUUGCAUCCAAAUCUGACAGCCUCCGGUUGGGUGCUCCGGACCGGGAUAUUUUGAGCCAAUCGAUGCAAUCGGCAUCAUUCGGAUUGUUAAUAAUUUUUCAUGGAACAGCCGCCAUCUGCCACCUUCCUUCCUCCAGUUUGCUUUUAUUUUAUAUUUUAUUCCCUUCAAUCAACAUUUUUUAUUAAACAUAUAUUUUGCUGUGAUGAAACACGAUCCUAGAGCAGAAGAGUGGAUGUGUUUGGAGAGUAUGAGUGAGUGAGCAAGAGCGAGCGAGACGGCGAGAAUGUGAUUUAGUGGAAAUAAAUCAUAAAUGAAACAGA